AUGGCUUUUCGUCAUAUAAUCGCUGUAUCAAAACCCCAACUCCUGAAACACACCCUCUUCCACAAAAUCUCCUCAACAUCUAAACCCCUUUACAGUUUCUGCUCAAUCACAGAUAAACCCCCAAAUGAAGAAAACCCACAGCAUGACAGAGAUACACAUUACAAAAUGAUCUCUAUGUUGUGUAUAGAUCAAAGGCUUGAUGAUGCGAAACAGCUUCUUAUGGGUAUGUCUAAAAAGGGUCUUGAUUAUGAUGAGGAUUUGUUUGUUCUUUUGAUCAAUGGUUAUGCAAAAAGCAAUAGAAAAUGGGAUGUUGUUAAGAAUUGUGUCAAGAUUUUUAUGAAAAUGGAGGAAUUGGGAGUACCCAGAACGAUAAAAUCUUAUAACCCUUUGUUGGAUGUGAUUAUUAUUAACAAGAAGUACACAAUGGCUGAAAAGUAUUUUGACAAAAUGUUGUCUGAUGGUAUAGUUCCAACUCAGCAUACUUACACUCUCAUGAUUUCGGGUUUUUGUCGUUCGUCGAAAGUCGAGACUGCUAAUAGAUAUUUCGAAGAUAUGAAAAGUCGAAAUCUUUCGCCUGAUUUUGUUGUUUAUAACAUAAUGAUUAGUGGGUAUGUUCAAGUUAAGAAAAUGGAGGAAGCAGAGAAGGUGUUGGUGGAGAUGAAGGGGCGUGGAAUCGAGCCGUUGUUGGUUACUUAUAAUUCGAUGAUUAACGGGUAUGUUAAGGUUAGGAGAUUGGGGGAUGCAGAGAAGGUUGUGGCGGAGAUGAAGGCGCGAAAUGUGGAGCCGAAUUUGAUUACUUAUAAUACGCUGAUUAACGGGUACACUUUGGUUGAGAGAAUGGAGGAUGCACAGACGGCUGUUUGGGAGAUGAAGGGGAGAAACGUUGAGCCGGAUUUGGUUACGUAUGUGACCAUGGUUAAAGGGUAUGUGAUAGCUAACAGGGUAGAUGACGGGAUGAAAUUGCUUGAAGAUAUGAAAAGGAAAACUUUUGGGAGGAAAGUGGAUGUUAAUUUGUGCCUCGGUCUACUGAAAGAGGAUUGUGACGUUGAGAAAAUGUCUGAAACACAGAGAAAUGUAUUACAGGAGGUGGAAGAUUAUGUAGAGAGGGUGGAUCUUUUGGCGAUACGUGAUGCUGCGCGUGAGCUGACUGAAUUGGCAAGCCAACGAGUAGUUGAUAGACAAGGGGAUCGUAUGAAAAUGGACAGAGAAACGAGAGGUAGCGAUGGAGGCAGUUUCAGUUAG